CAUGUUACCUAAGCUACCGCGCGCGUCUAUCAACAAGAUCGAGUGCAAGCGACAGCAGAUCGAGUGGUCAGAGCAAACGGUGAGCGCGCGCUACGUGAUUGGUGAAGGAAAUGGCGACCAUCAAAGCCAAGGUCCAGGACGCCGCCUCCUCCGCCAAGGCCGGCAUCGAUAAGGCGAAGGCCACCGCCGGCGAGAAGGUAAAGAAGGCCACGACGACGGACCCGGAGAAGAAGCGCGAGGCGGAGGAGAAAAAGGAGGACCGCAUGCACAAGGUUAACUCCGACGAGCGCGAUGAGAAGGGGGACCACGCCGCCGAGAGGUCCGGGAGGCGCACCAUCGUCACCGGCACCUAGUUAGCUUCUAGCUAGGCCCGACUACAGCAUGUAGUAGUAGCGUAACCUCGGUUUUAAGCGAAUCGAGGAAUCAAAAUAAGCGGCAGUCCGUCAUAGAAUGUGGUUCGAUUCGAUCCUUCAUCUUCUAGGCUUAUAAAUGUGAUGCUUCGAAAAAUGCGACCCGUCUACAUAGUCCUCUACGAUCAUAUAUACUCGAACAAUCUUUCACCACAGGUCUAUUGUGAUGAUGUCUGCUUUAUCUUUUCUUCUUCUCUUUUGCUAAUCGAUGAUGAUGUCUGCUUCAUUGCCGACGGGCUACGUUCUGUAAUCGAUGAGACACUCAAAGACAGAGAAAUUCCAACC